UCCACCCUCAGUAUAUCCCAGGACGCGAUUCGGGACUUCCUCCGCAAGGUCAACGUCGAGUUUCCUCAAUACGUCCGCGACCAUGAACUGGAGCUUCGAGUGAAGGAGAUCGUCAAGCACUGGGGCGACGAACAGGCGUUGCGGCCCUACGUCAUCACGGCCUUGAUCCUCACCAUCACCGCCUACGCGCACGUCUCCGACCUAGAGACACGGGUGCUCAUCACGCUCUUCACCACGCUGAUCAUCGCCAUGGACGACCCCGUCGUCUUCAACGGACUCAUCCCCGGCGACUUCCACCGCAAGAUGUGCACCGGCGUCAUUCAGCAGGAGCACGGCAUGCUCGGCGAACUCACCAAGGUCCUCCAGAGUAUGUGGGACCACUAUCCCAGCUUCUCGGCGAACACUGUCUACGCGUCCGCUCUCCGCUUUGUGAAUGCGUCGGUUAUGGAGAACGAGUGGCGCGGGGAGGUCUAUACCCUGGAGGCGCGUCCGUUUCUGGAAUACAAGCGCAGCAUGACAGCCACUACGGAAGCCUAUGCCUGCUUCAUCUGGCCACGGGCGCAGUUCCCGGACUAUCGGGUCUACGUACGGGCGAUACCUGACAUACUCUCCUUCUACAAGGAAGAGCUCGCGGGCGAAGAAGACAACUACAUUCACGAGCGCGCUCUGGCUACCGGUUCGUCGGCAUCGGACGCCCUGCAGGGCGUCAUCGACGACACGAUCACGGCUGUCAAGCGUGUUCGCAGUGUGCUGGGAAACGGGGAGGCAAGAGCGGCUUGGGAGAACUUCGCAGCUGGGUAUAUCAGUGUGCACACCCAUAAUCCGCGGUAUCGCUUGAAGGAUAUCCUGGCGCACGCCCAACUUUGGACUCGGCCCUCUUCACUGGCGACUUCCAACUCCCGUCCGUGGACCCGAGAACAAUAUGGCCCCGAAUUGGCCCAGGCUCGUUUCCCAUACAAGAGCGAAGGCCGCGGCGUUCUCCCCAUGGAUGUGCUGUUAACAGAACAGGCAGACACAGUCGUUUCCACUUUCAUCGCAAGCAGUCAAUUGGCUGGGCUAAUAUACGUUAGCACGCGCGGAUAUGAUAAGUACAUCGUCCCUUUGCAGACUGUACACUGUGCCAACCUUAGCCGUAAUAUUGCUACUAAACAAGCCUCCGAGCCCACUGCACAGCAACGCCCGAGGCACGUUUCGAUGACAUGUACUCGUAUCUGUCGGCCACGCGAAACCGCCACUGUCGGUUGGUGCUGCAUUGCGUCGCUUAUCUCUCUCGGUCUCACGAACAGUAUCCAGUCUUCAGCUCUACUACUCGCUCAACAAGCAGUCCGAAGCUUCCUGGACAACGUCGACGUCGACCUCCCCAAGUACACCCGCGACCUGGAACUCGAGCGGCGAGUGAACGAGAUCGUCAGCCAGUUGGGGGAUGAACGUACCAUGCGUCCCUACGUCGUCCCCGCGACCAUCCUCACCAUCACCGCAUACGCCCACAUCACCGACAUGGAGACGAAGGUCCACGUGACGGUCUUCACCACCUUCAUCGCCAUCAUGGACGACCCAGCUUUCUUCGACGGCCUGACCCCCGCGGACUUCCACCGCAACAUGUGCUCCGGCGUCGUCCAGCGCGAUCCCGGCCUCCUGGGGGAGUUCACGAAGGUGCUCGGGCGCAUGUGGGACCACUAUCCGGGCUUCACGGCGAACACGAUAUACGCGUCCGCGCUCCGGUUCAUCAACGCGUCUGUUAUGGAGAACGAGUGGCAGGGCGAGACGUUCUGCCGGGAGGCACGGCCGUUCGUGGAGUACAAACGCAGCAUGACGGCUACUACGGAAGCGUACGCCUGCUUCAUCUGGCCAAUAGCCCAGUUCCCCGACUAUAGGGCGUAUGUGCAAGCCAUCCCUGACACGAUGUUGUACGUCAGCCACGUGAAUGACAUCCUGUCGUUUUACAAAGAGGAACUCGCGGGAGAGAAGGACAACUACAUCCACGAACGCGCGCUGGCUACGGGGAGGCCAACAGCACAAGUCCUACAAGAACUGACUGGCGAGACCAUCGCUGCGGUGAAGCGUGUCCGAUACGUGCUGAGGGAUACAGAUGCGCGGGCGGCAUGGGAGAACUUCGCGGCGGGCUACAUCAGGGUACACACUGACAGUUCUCGGUAUCGUCUCAAGGAUAUCCUGGGAGGCGAGUAUCUACUCGAUAUCUCUAGUGAUUGA